UACAAAUCAAACGCAAUAACAAUAACAAACCGUUAUAACUGCUAUCUGUAGGCCUACAUCUUUUAUAAUUAUCGUGUUACAUAGAAACUUGAACGCAAUAAUUGAGUCCAUAUAAAUGCUUCCAUUUCGUUUCCUUAGCGUCUUCUCUUGAAAUGAGCUCUUACAUAGCCAACUCAUUGUUUAAGCAAACUCACGAAUCGUCAGCCUUCGCUUUGCACAACCAUGGCUACGGCUCUAGCCCCGAACUCAACGUGUCCGGCUACUGUGGUUAUGGAGGGCAUGAUCACCGGGGUUCAUUCGCAUCCCCACCGUCCUCGAGCUCCCUUGGCAUGGUAGAGAUGAACGCUGGGCUGCAUGGCAAUCCUGGCGACCUUACGCCACGGCCAGAGUCUUCCACAGGAGACGCUUCCCAGAGACGCCGCAUGAACGAGCAGACAAGCGGCCAGGGUUCUCUAAAUCUCGGACUGUAUUGUCGCAAACCCAAGACUGACUCUGAUUUCAGCGAAAUCUGCAAGACUCAAACAGGCGAGAUCAAAGUCGGAACUUUGCAACCCGUCCAGCCAGUAAGACAAGGCAACCAUUCGACUCAGCCACAAACCAGCGAACCGCAACCACAAAUAUAUCCCUGGAUGACUAAACUACACAUGGGUCACGAGGCUGAUGGUAAAAGGUCAAGGACGAGUUACACACGCUACCAAACUCUGGAGUUGGAGAAAGAGUUCCAUUUCAACCGGUAUCUGACGCGUCGUAGGCGCAUCGAGAUCGCCCAUACUCUCUGUCUGAACGAGAGGCAGAUCAAAAUCUGGUUCCAGAACCGCCGAAUGAAGUGGAAGAAGGAUGCAAAGCUUAAAAUGAAAGAGUCUAUCUAAAACAUGGAGCCAUUUUCAAACGUUAUCAACGUUCCUUUGAGAUGACAUUAAAAGACUUUCAGCUCCACCCGUGUUUCCAAACAGUGACUUUUGGGAUACGAUGUUUCAGUGUGAUGAUAAAUCCUGAACAUUCUUUGAUUAUGGAUCUGAUUAUGUAAUAUACCUGUUAUUUUGUUUGAAUAUUGUAUUGUUUUAUUUUCUAUCUUUGAAUAUGUACUUGUUCAGCAGAGUCUUAUAUAACUUGUGAGAAUGGAAACGCUUGAAAUAUAUUAAUUAGCGAAAAGGCUACUAUUAACAAUUGUAACAUUUCAUCACUUCCCCUUUUUUAACUUAAAUUAUUUUGAAGUUGAACGUUUUAUUGUUAUUAUCGUAUUACUACUGUACUAUCACCAUUGUUUUCUUCGUGAGAGUUGCCUAUUAUUUCUAUAUUUUAAAAAAAGGUACAUUCCUUGUAGUUUAUCUUCAAACUUCAAACUAUUUUCUGUUUGUGUUUCUUAUCAGCCCCGUUUAAACAACCUGGGAUCUUAAGAUGUAACAUAGACACAUUUUAGUAAAUUGCGAGGGCUAUAUCAUUCUGUGAUUUUAUUUAAAAUAGUCCACAUAAAAUGGUUGAUUUUGGACGCAGUGUCGUGAGAACAGUGAUAUACUUAAAUCGUACUAUACAUUUCGUAUUUAACGUCUAUACUGUGAAUGGUUUCCUCAUGUGAAAAGGUAUAUUGUAUUAGGCUACAUAACUUGCCAGUAUAGGCAGGGGGUUCAUAUUUGGGGGAAACAUAAUAUUUGACCUGAUUGUUGACUAAGAUCUGACUCAAUGUGCCAAGUAUGAUCAUGGGAUUAGUUUUUUAACCUCAGCAUUACAUUUGUUACAAAUCAUUCUUAAUUAUUUAGAAUAUUGUGUAAAACACAAAAAAUGCAUGUAGUGUCAGUGUUCUGGUCAUCUUACAUUUCCUGCCAAUUUCACAUUACUUGGGAACAUGUAGACAACCUGUAACCUAGAAUUUAUGUAGGCCUAAUGUGUAAAUUAUGUUCACUUCAAUAAUGAUUAAUUAUUAAUUUGCCCAAUGUUUGAAAGUGAAGAACACAGACAUGGUAUUAUUUUUCUUCUGAAAACGUAUCUAUCCAACAAAUGUGAGAUUUUGGGUUCACAUAAAGGUUGUGAUGAGGCAGGAGACUCGUGUCCACAAUGAGUAGCUAACAAUUAAACAAUUUCCUCGUUUCCGGCGGCUGCCACAAAGCACAAAAGUGUCACAACUUUUUUUCAUAUGCUACACGGUUAUA